CCACCAUGGCGCACGACCUCCAGGUGCUUCCCCCGGGCGCCGGCUACGGCAUCGUGAUCGGCAUCGGGGGCGUCUUCGCGCUGUUCAUGAUGGGCAUCUCGUGGCUGCAGAACCGCUACACGCAGUUCUCGACCCAUCGCGCGGAAGAAUUCAACACGGCGUCCCGCUCCGUCAAGCCGGGUCUCAUAUCCUCGGGCAUCGUGUCCUCGUGGACCUGGUCCGCGACGCUUCUCACCAGCUCCACCUUCGCGUACAGCUACGGCGUAUGCGGACCGAUGUGGUACGGCGCCAUCGGGACCCUCCAGAUCCUGCUCUUCGCCCUCAUCGCCGUGCAGAUCAAGGCGAACGCGCCCGGCGCGCACACCAUGCCGGAGAUCGUCCUCGCGCGGCACGGCCCAAUCGCACACCUCACCUACCUCUACAACGGGCUCGCGACGAACCUGCUCGUCAGCGCCAUCCUCGUCCUCGGCGGCGCCCAGGUCGUCUCCGCCUUAACGGGGAUGAACGUGUACGCGGCCAACUGCCUCAUCUCGGCCGUGGUGGCCGCAUAUGUCAUCGUGGGCGGACUCCGCGCGACCUUCAUCGCAGACUACACGCACACGGUGAUCCUGUUCAUCGCGAUCCUGGUCUUCGGGCUCCUGGUGUCGGCGACGAGCGAUCUGAUCGGCAGCCCGGGGAAGCUGUACGACCUGCUCAAGGAAGCGUCGCGGCAGAUGCCGAUCGCGCGGAACACGGACGGAUCGUAUCUGGCGUUUCGGUCCGUCGGGGGAUUGAUCUUCGCCGUGGAUCUGUUUGUCUCGGGCUUCACGACCGUGUGGCUCGACCAGGCGUAUUGGCAGCGGGCGAUUGCGUCCCGACCCGAGAGUUCGGUGAAGGCGUACCUGCUGGGCGGGAUUGCGUGGUAUGGCAUCCCCUUCGGCUUCGCGACCGCCAUGGGCCUGGGCUGCGCAGCCCUGACCCACAACCCGGCCUUCCCAACAUACCCGAAUCCUUUGACAACCGAGCAAGUGAACGCGGGUCUCUCCGCACCAGCCACCGCGAUCGCACUGAUGGGCAAAGGCGGCGCCGUGCUGAUUCUGAUCCUUCUCUUCAUGGCCGUCACCAGCUCAACGUCGGCAGAACUCAUCGCCGUGUCCUCCCUUCUCACCUUCGACGUUUACAAGACGUACUUCCGCCCGGACACAGACUCCGCAGCCCUGGUCCGCGUCAGCCACUGGGGCAUAGUCCUGUACGCCCUGAUCCUGGCCGCCUUCUGCUCCAUCCUCAACGUCGCCGGACUCAGUCUCACCUGGUUACUGACGGUGCUGGGGGUGAUCGUCGGGGGGGCUGCAGUACCGGUGGGGCUGAUUCUUCUCUGGAAGCCCAUGUCGACGGUCGGAGCGAUUGCCGCGCCGUGGAUCGGGUUCGUGGUGGGGGUAAUCGUGUGGUUUGUGACCUCGUGGAAACGGUCCGGGGGGAUCAGCGUGGCCACGACGGGCGACGUGACGAAUGCCGUGGCGGGGAAUCUGGCGUCGUUCGGGGUGGGGACCAUUGCGGCGGUGGUGCUGAGUCUGGUGUUUCCGGGGAAGCACCCGGUGGAGGAUAUCAUGGAGACAGAGGCGACGAAAGGACGUGAGACAGGUUUAUCAACCCCCCCAGCCACAGCAUCAGCAUCAGCAUCAUCAUCCACAGCCACACCCCCAACCAAGAACGAGAUGGUCGAAUUCCUCGAAACAGAACAAUCUGCACCGAUGGACCCCACGCAAGUCCGCAAGGCAGAGCGCAUCGCGCUAUCCGCGAACCUGUUCUUCAUCGCCGUCGCGGUGAUUCUCGUCCCGUUUACCCUGUUCGGGACGCGCUACGUUUACAGCAAGGGGUUUUUCACGGGGUGGGUGGUGGUCUCGUUGAUGUGGAUCUGGGCGAGUGUGAUGAUUUGUGUGGUGUAUCCCGUGGUUGAGAGUGCGGGUGCGUUGCGGGAUAUUUCCGGGGGGGCGUGGGCGGAUAUCCGGGCGUUGUUGGGGAAGAGCAAGGGGAGGGUGCAGACGGGGGGGUUGGUAUAG